CCGGCGGGGGGGGGCUGUGAGUUGGCUCCGCGGCGAUGAGCGGCGGCGGCGGCCCGAGGCAGCGGGGGGGCGGCUCGGCCGAGCGGCCCCCCCCGGGCAGGCGGCGGGGAGAGCUGCUCGGGUCGAAGAGGAAGCAGAAGCUGCUGUUAAUCCACCAGGCCCUAACGAGUGACCCUGUGGCUGUGGAGACCCUCCGGGGGGCAGCAGUGAGCGAGGGGGGGCUGCUCACAGAUGAGAUCCGCAGGAAAGUCUGGCCGAAGCUGCUCAGCGUCAACGUGUACAACCUGCCUCCCAAGCCAGGCAGGGCUGUCCGCCGGAACCACAAGGACUACACCCAAGUGCAGCUGGAUGUGAACCGCUCCACACGCCGCUUCCCCGAAGGCAUGCGGGCCGAGCAGCGCCAGGUCCUACAGGAGCAACUCAUCGACCUCAUCCUGCACAUCCUGAGGGUUCACCCCGAGCUGCACUACUACCAGGGCUACCACGACAUCGCCGUCACGCUACUGCUGGUGGCCGGCGAGCGCAUGGGCAGCGCGCUGCUGGAGAGACUCUCCACCCACCAUCUCAGGGACUUCAUGGACCCCACCAUGGACAGCACCAAGCACAUCCUGAACUAUCUCAUGCCCAUCCUCCAGCGGGAGAGCCUCUGCCUCCAUGCCUUCAUGCUGAGAGCGGAGGUGGGGACGAUCUUUGCCCUGAGCUGGCUCAUCACGUGGUACGGCCACGUCCUCACCAGCUUCCCCCGCGUCCUGCGCCUUUACGACUUCUUCCUGGCCUCGCACCCGCUCCUGCCUGUCUACUUCGCUGCCGCGAUCGUUCUGCACCGGGAGGAGGAGGUGCUGGCGUGUGACUGCGACAUGCCCAGCGUCCACCAGCUUCUGUCCCAAAUCCCCCAGAACCUUCCGUACGAGAGCCUCAUCUCCCGGGCCCUCCAGCUCUUCCAGCGCCACCCGCACACCGAGCUGGCCAAGCAGGCGGCUCUGCAGCACCACAAGAGCAUCUCCAUAGGCACCUUCACCGCCUUCCAGCUGGCCACCUCCCACCAGCGCCCGGACUCCGUGCUGCGCAGCCAGCGGCAGGACAGCGCCCACGCUGAAGCUGCUGCUCUCCUGCCCACGGCCGGGCACAGCCCGUUGGUGAAAGCGGCCGUGUGGGGGAUUUCGGCCACGCUGGGGGCAGCAGCUCUGGCCGUCACACAGACUGCCCUGGAGUGGGCACCGGAGUUCUUACUGCAGCUCUUCUAGUGCCCGGCAAGCCAGCCAGGACCUGGCGUGUACAACGGGCCAUGGAGCCACAGCCCUUUGGUGGGGGAGCAGCCCCCUUGGGCUGCCUCCGUCUUAAUUUAUUGGACUGUCUCAAACGCCUGGGCAGCUGAGCUCCGACAGGCUGCACCCAGCUCAGAGCGGCCAGUAGCCAAAGCACUAGCCACAGCGGCACAGAACUGGACCGGGCCUUUCCUGCUGCCGCCUGAGCCAUUCGUGGCCUGCAGGGGGGAGGGUUGGGGUUACACCCCGGGUGAGAGCUGGGACUCGAACGCUGGGUCUCUCCUAGGGCUGUGGCGGGCCCAGCCCUGGCUCUUUUGUGGAAGCGUAGAACAGUGUUCUUGGGGCGCUUGCAGGGGAACAGAGCACUAAUCCCCAGGCCCCCCCCCAUGGCCCCCAAGAGCUUUCCUAGGUCCCUUUCCCAGCCUCUGCCCCGUGGGGCUGUGUUACUGCCACCUCCUGCUGCACGUGGGGUAGGAGUCUGCUAAGUACCAGCUGCCUGCGUGUUUGUGCACAGGACACAGGGAGACCCUCCUCCGCUAGCAGGAUGGUGCGAGCGGCUGGGGACUCUGUGGGAAGCGCUGUCCCAGCAGAGCGGAUGGGGGGGUGCUGCGGGCCGGGGCUGGGUGCGAGGAAUGGCGGAAGGCAGGGAUCACUAGAGGAGGGAGGGGGCACAGGCCUGAGCAGAGUCUGGAAGGCCGUGAGGAAGUGCUCCCCACGCAGGCUGUGCCAGGGGAGAGAGGCCUCGCCUAGAUUGCUGCUUCUCUCCUGCUGCCUGCGUUGCACCCAGGGUUCUCCUGGCAUCUCCUCUGUACCCACCUCUGCUCUCGCCUCGCCCAGGAUGGAGGGACAGUGUGCCCAGAGUCUGGGGCAGGCCCUUUUCUCAGGGCUUUAGUUCUUCCACAUAAAGCCCAUGUACCACAUCAGCCGUCCCUUCCCCCAGCACUGGGAAAGCAGCCAGGGGCGCCUGCCUCCCCCUGCCAGUCCCCAGAGGUGGCAGCAGCAAGCAGGGUAGGCUGGGCUCCCCCCGCUGCAGGGCGGGCAGGGUGCUGCCUGGGAAAGGCACAGCCUGGGGAGCACUGGGUAUGUGUGUGAAUAAAGUGUGAGAGCCUGG